GCUCCAAUUAGAUCUGUCAAGAAGCCCGCAAGUGGCAAAGGCGCUCUUCCCUCGACCAAGUCAAGCUUCUUCGACGAUGAGUUUCGCACCACAAAGAAGGACAAGCGCUUGAUCAAGCACGCCAGUUUCGUAUCCAGAAUAGAAAAGAGUUCUCAGAAGUCAAAGCGUCGGCGUGCCUCCAAGAAACUUGCCACCCUUGACUCGUUGGCCGAUGCCCUUCCAGACGCUGAGGCCGACGUCAACGAUCCCAGCAAACAGGUCAAUAUCAUCAAGCAGAAGACUUUGCAGCAUAGGCCCGGUGCUAUGAAGCGUAGAGAGAAGCUGGAACGGGUGGAACGGGAUCGGUUCGCAAAAAAUAUGGCCCAGAUGUCGAGCAUGCAGGCAACAGCGCCAGCCAAUGUCGAAUCGAAUACAGAUGCAAGCUCAUCUUCCAACCGGUGGGCAGCAUUGCGGAAUUUCAUAUCUCAGACAAUGGAGCAGCAGCCCGCCUUCAAAACAAGCAGCUAG